AUGGAUUCGUUUGAAGCUUUUCCUAAUUCAAAUAACGAAAUAAGUGCAAUAUGUAGUCAAUUAGAAAAAGACAAAAUUGAAAUUGGAAAGCAAUAUUGUUGUUCAGUAGAAGGUAGAAAUUGCACUUUACACACCUAUGGAUCUGGUUGUGUCGGAAGUGAUUUCGAAAUAGCUCAAUGCCAUAAUAUUACUACCUAUGAUCCUUGUUUAAAACGAACGGAUUAUAAUGCAACCCAAGCUUGUGGUGCCAAAUCCAGAAUAAUAACAGUUUGCGAUAAUGGAAUUAAUUUAUCCCCAUAUAAUGAAACUUCUUUACCUGACAAUACUAUUGCUUAUGCGACUUGUGGUGAUAUAUUUCAAAAUACAUAUAAUUGUUCAUGGACCAACAAAACAAGCAAGGUUGACACUGAACGCAAUCCUUUGGGAGAAAUAUGUGAAAAAUUACCGGUCACCAAUAUAAUUACCACACAAACUGUAAUUACGUCAGAUUAUGGUUUAACAACGUUAAUUAUUACUACAGUAAUUUUUGGAAUAAUGGCUACGACUUUUGCAGUAUUAUAUUUUAAAAAAUACAAAAGUGUUGACAUGAUUGAUAAUUUAAUAGUAUUGGUAAAAUUAGAAGAUGGCAAACGUGAUUUAGUUCCAAUAUGUAACUACAAUUUCAUUUUGGUAGGAGGUAUAAUGAGAUCAAUAGUCUUAUUGGUUUAUAAAGAAACUGGUGGAGGUGUAUUAUUCAUUACAUCUUCCGGUGCAAUUAGAAUUAUAAUUCCUAUCAGUCAAGAACAAUUUGAUAAAUUAAAAAAAUUACAAGAUGCAUAUCAAAAGGUUGUUAACUAG